AUGACCAAAUCAGUCAUAUUUGCAUUACCACACGAGCUUUUUUCCGCGUUCUUCCUCGCUGGGAUUAUUCUUUACCGGCAAGCACGAAAAUUCGAUCCGGCCGCUGCCGAAAUAGGACGGGCGUCCCUUGACAAUUGCCAGAUUGUGCUGAACGAGGCCCGUGAAUCGUGGGAUCCAGGGAAUUGGGCCAUGCGGAUCUUUGAGUUUCUUCUGUCGAGCUCCGGCGGCACAGACGACGCGCAGAAUAGACAACUUGUAUACGUACCAAGAAGGGAGAAGGGGGGGCGGCAUCCUCGAAGUCUCCUACCGUACGGCGAUUUCUGUCUAUCGGACAACAACAACAACAAGAGUCCCGUCGUGCUGCUCUCCGCGGGCGUCGGCCUCACCCCGAUGGUCUCCAUCCUAGACACACUUAUCAGCUCCAGCUCCAGCUCCAGCUCACUGCCCUCGCGCAAAAUCCACUUCAUCUACGGCGCCCGCGCGUUCAGCGACCACAUCUCCUCCGUCGAGAAACAGCAGCCCGUCAUGCGCGGCAUCGUCUUCACCGGCUCACCCGCCGCGCACGAGAAGCGCGGCGUCGACUUCUACCACCUAGAUUGGGUGGACCUGCAGAAACCCAGGCGCAGCGCGGACCUCUUCCUCGACAAUGCGCAGACGGGAUAA